GUGACAAUUCUUAAAUUUAAGUCUUUGACACCGUGAACUCUACUUUAAUUAUUCCCCCAUUUCUAGAAUACAUCUAUCUUUAUUGGUCUGUACGUUUUCUGUAGUUGCCAUAAAAUAUUCUGCAGUCACUCUUAAUCGAAUUCAGAUUUAUUGUUGUGCGAUCUAGUUGACUUUCAGGUUCUGCUGCAGAAAUAGCUUGAAAGAUAGGCUUUAUAGUCAUAGAAAUGUCUUUAUUUAAACACGCACAGUUUGCCAGUCGACAUCCUGGCAUUAGGCUGUGGUGGAAAUCAAAGGAACUUGAUUUUGUGACAGGACCGGUCUGUACAAGCCUUUUUAAUACAGUCAGGGCUUCCAGUUCAUUGCCAGACAAGAAGAAGGAGCUGCUGGACGGUGGACCCGAUCUCCAGGAUUUUAUAUCAGGCGAUCUGUCUGACAAAAACAGAUGGGAAGAGUACAAGGGGAACCUCAAACGACAGAAAGGAGAGAGGCUAAGACUCCCUCCUUGGCUGAAGACUGCGAUUCCAAUAGGGAAAAAUUACAAUAAACUGAAGAACACAUUGCGGAAUUUAAACCUGCACACAGUGUGUGAAGAGGCAAGGUGCCCAAACAUUGGAGAGUGUUGGGGAGGGGGAGAGUAUGCCACAGCUACAGCAACUAUCAUGUUGAUGGGAGACACCUGCACAAGAGGCUGCAGAUUUUGCUCAGUGAAAACCGCAAGAAAGCCUCCCCCACUGGACCCCAACGAGCCACACAACACAGCGAAGGCCAUCACUGAGUGGGGCCUGGACUAUGUGGUGUUGACCUCCGUGGACAGAGACGAUAUUUCUGAUGGAGGUGCAGAACAUAUUGCAAAAACAGUAACUUAUCUGAAAGAAAUGAGUCAGAAAAUCCUGGUGGAGUGCCUAACCCCUGAUUUCAGAGGUGACUUAAACGCUGUGGAGAGAAUUGCUUUGUCCGGAUUAGAUGUUUAUGCCCACAAUGUAGAGACUGUCAGAGAGUUACAGAGGCAUGUCCGUGACCCGCGAGCAAAUUUUGACCAAUCCCUUAGUGUCCUGAAGCAUGCCAAGAAAGUAAAGCCUUCUCUGUUAUCCAAAACAUCCAUAAUGCUGGGUCUUGGAGAGACAGACGCACAGGUGUAUGCAACAAUGAAAGAAGUAAGAGAGGCUGCCGUUGAUUGCCUGACUUUAGGACAGUACAUGCAACCUACAAAACGACAUCUAAAGGUGGAUGAGUAUGUUAGCCCUGAAAAGUUUCAGCACUGGGAGAAUGUGGGAAAAGAGCUGGGAUUUCUGUACACUGCAAGCGGACCACUAGUGCGCUCUUCAUACAAAGCAGAAUAUUCACAUAUUUAGAAAGCUGUUCUUGGCAUGACCUGGGAUUGUACCUGAUUUGUUUGAAAGGUGAAUUCUUCUUGAAGAACCUCAUUGAGAAAAGAAAAUUAGAAACCCAAUAAGACGACUCCUGACAAAUGGGUUGGACUACAAUAAUAAUAAAAAUAAUAAUAAAAAUAAUGAAAUACUUGAUAGAGUGAAGAGGACUGUAGGUGUGUCCCACUUAAGAGUUUAAUAUAUAUAUAUAUAAAAUCUGAGACCGCAUAUCCAAUUGUGAUGAAACUCGAUUAGAACAUGCUUCAAGUUAUUUAGAAUAUCAGAAUUAAGGCAUACAAGGUGGUGACUGUCCUUCUAUCUUUAUGUAGUACAUACAUCUCUAAUUACAUAUAUCUAGAUACUAGAGAACUGCUUAUCAAACUGAUAACUUUUCAAACAGAAGUGUGAGAAUCUGGAGAAAUUAAAUAUGGAGGAACUUAUCUGUACAUAUGUAGAUCCGUGAUCAUCUACUUUUUCAUAAUGUGUGUUUAUGCAAGCUGUACUGUGCUGUUAUUGCAGGGUAACAGUGAAUGGCAGAGAAAUCCCACUUGUCUUUAAUUGAAGAUAAAGGCGUUGUAUUGCAAUUUACAUAUUAAUGCCAAUAACUGAAGUCUCAAUGUAAGACAAUAUAGUGUAAAUUGCUGACCUUCAGUGAACAUUAUUACCAAUUCUAUGAAUAAAAUUGCGUACAACUGUU